AUGAUAUCAAUGUAGAAAGAAUUGAAAAGAUUGUUAGUCCAAUGAAUAAAUGUACUAAUGACCUGAAAUCGGAAUUUCGUAUACAAACAAUUAAGUUAUAUUUCUUUUCAGAAAAUGAUGAUUGGAACUACAAAUAUGAUGCGGUUAGUAAAGCAAAAAGAUAUCUUAAAGCUGAAUGUUACCUUACUCGAGCACAGGAGAUCCUUUUGGGUAGUUCUACAUGUAAGACAAAACAACCUCCAAUCGCACCAGAUACAACUGAAGCAUUAGACAGCAGUAGAGAUUCAACUGGUUUAAAAGCUACAAACUAA